UUGAGUAUUACCCAUUUUCGCUUUUCAAAUAUGGCCGCCAUAAUUUGCCGCUGCCCUGCCAGGUGGCCCACGCCCCGCGCGCCCGUGCGCUACCCCAGAAGUAAUAGACCUUCUUUGCCAAGAGAUUCUCUCCACGACAUCGAUCAACAUGAGCAACAUAAGUUAGAAGACAUAGCAAAGUCGUUUGAAAAGAAAUAUGGGACUAUUAUCACUGUUAAUAAAAAGGGGAACAAGAAUCGAGUUAGAAUUGACGACUUUGUCGAUCCUGGCGAUGGAUAUGAUUCACAGGAUUCGUUCAUUGAUGAUUCGGACGCAGCUGACAUAUACGUUGCCCCGAAUGUUACAACCAGAAUAGGGGGCUUUUAUGUCCAUGAAGGUCCUCUAGAAGGACUUGAAGAUAAUGAGGCUAUCAUUGAACCCCCUUCUGGAAAAAAAAUCAAACUGACUGAAUCUAGCAUUCCGAAGCAACAUCUUAAAAGAGAUAAAUCCAAGCAAUUGAUUGAGAAAGCCGUUAAAUGUUUGUCGUCUGCCAAGAAGGCUCCUGAUGAGUCAAAACGUCGCUGCAUUGAUUCUGCAUCCACAGGCAGCGAGAUGACUAUUUUGAUAGAUGAUGAUGCAGCAGAAUCGAGUGCGUCUGUCAAUCGAUCGAAAGAGACUAUUUCAGAUAUUUCCACAUCUGACACUCCUAAAUCCAAAUCAGCUGAAUUCAUUGACCCUGAGGACGCCCCUUUGCCUGUCCGACUGCCAGACAUUGUACUCACUUCUGUAAAAGAUUUGAUUAAGAAUUACCAACAUGGCGGGGUGACUAGGCGCAUUUAUGGGAAGGAAUUUGAUGUGCGAAUACUCAAACUUGAAGAAUACAUAGUUCAAAAUAGCCUUACAAAGUUAACGCGCUCGGCAAUUUACCGGCACCUGACUGCAAUGCUUCAUUUUAAGCAGAAAUAUUUGUUUAGACGCUUACGUAAGCUCAAGGAAUCCUCUGAUGAAAGUAAAAUGGCACCUCUUCUGGUUGCCCUUAAAUCUGCUGUGGAAGAAGCAGUCUCACCAUUACUUGAAGCAUACUCCCGCGACAUGCUCUUGCAUCAGGAUCGCCUUAAAUUGUGGAUAACAGAGUAA